AUGGCUUCUCGACUCGCCAUCGUCCGGGGUGCUCCACUCAAGCACUCCCUCUCACUGGGGAUCAGAUCGGUGCCCUUUGUCGCCCGCCGCGGCGUGGCUUCCGCCACCACCCCCCGCCAGCUCUCACAAACUUCUCAGGCCGAGGCCGACGGCCACAGGAGAUCCCAUGCCGCCCUGGAAUCUCUCCAGCGCGACCCGGCCUACCUGGAGAUGAAGGACGCCCAGGCUGAAAACCCUCAGCCGUGGAUGGACUUUGUCGCCCGUCACAUCGGUCCUCGCGACUCCGAUAUUGACGCCAUGCUCAAGACUGUCGGUGCCGACUCUCUCGACACCUUCAUCUCUCAAGUCAUUCCCAAGGAUAUUUUGCUACCACCCAAGAAGACCAUUCAGCCCAAGAAGCUCAGCGAGUCUGGCGUCGCUAAUGUCUUCAAGAGCAUGAGCGCCCAGAACGAGGUCAAGACCUGGAUGAAUGGCGGUGGCUACUACCCCGUUGAGAUUCCCGCCGUUAUUAAGCGCAACCUUCUCGAGAACCCUGCCUGGUACACCAGCUACACCCCUUACCAGGCCGAAAUCUCACAGGGCCGUCUCGAAUCGCUCCUCAACUUCCAGACUAUGAUCUCUGACCUGACUGGUCUCCCCGUCGCCAACGCCUCCCUCCUCGAUGAGGGUACCGCCGCCGCCGAGGCUAUGACUAUGUCUUGGAACUCUCUUCCUACUGCACGCGCCAAGCGUCCCAGCAAGACCUACGUUGUAUCUGAUCUUCUCCACGACAGCACCAUUCGCGUCAUGCACGGCCGCGCCGAGGGUUUCGGAAUCAACAUCGAGGUCAUGGAUCUCUCUGCCCCCGAUGCUCACGACAAGAUCAAGGCUUUUGGCGACGACCUCGUCGGUGUCAUGGUUCAGUAUCCCGACACCAACGGUGGUGUCCGCAACUUCCGCGAGCUCGCUGACCUUGCCCACGCCCAGGGCACCCUUCUGUCUGCCGCCACCGAUUUGUCUUCCCUGACUCUCCUCACACCUCCUGGUGAAUGGGGUGCCGACGUUGCCUUCGGUAACUCUCAGCGCUGGGGUGUUCCUCUGGGCUUCGGUGGCCCCCACGCUGCCUUCAUGGCCGCUCAGGAGUCUAGCAAGCGUCGUCUCCCGGGUCGCAUCAUUGGUGUCUCCAAAGACCGCAACGGCCGCCGCGCUCUGCGCCUCGCUCUUCAAACCCGUGAGCAGCACAUUCGCCGUGAAAAGGCCACUUCCAACGUCUGCACUGCCCAAGCUCUGCUUGCCAACAUGUCUGCCAUGUAUGCCAUCUACCACGGUCCUGGUCAGCUUCGCGAGAUGGCCGUCACCAAUCUCCGCCACGCUCGCAUGAUUCAGGCUGCUGCUCAGCACUAUGGCCUCAACGUCAUCACCUCAUCCGUCGACCCCGAGGGCCGCGUUCUCUCCGACACCGUCACCAUCUCCUUCAAGGACCCCAUCGUCUGCCGCGCCCUUCGCCGUGAACUCAAUGAUCGCGGCAUCAGCAGUGGCAAGUCUUGGUCCUCCAACGAGAUUGUCUUGGCUGUCCCCACCACUUUCACUCUCAAGAACUUUGUUCGCAUUGUUCAGUCUUUCCGUGAUGUCUCCUCCAAGAACCACACCAACGCCUACGUCGACGUUGCCAACAAGUACUGGACCGAGGGCUACAAGGUGUCCUCGAACGAUAUCAUCAAGAGCCUCCCUGACGCUGUGCGCCGAGAGUCCAAGUUCUUGACUCACCCCGUCUUCAACUCCCACCACUCCGAGACUGAGAUGCUCCGCUACAUGCAUCAUCUGCAAUCCAAGGAUCUGUCCCUCGUCCACUCCAUGAUUCCUCUAGGUUCCUGCACCAUGAAGCUCAAUGGAACUACCCAGAUGGAGCUGAUUGGCACCGAGUCGUCUUCCAAUAUCCACCCUCACGCUCCCGUAUCCGGCGUCAAGGGCUACCAGAAGCUCUUUGCCGCCACCUCCGCCCAGCUUGCCGCUCUCACUGGUAUGGACGCGACUUCCCUGCAGCCCAACUCUGGUGCCCAGGGCGAGUUUGCCGGUCUUCGCGCAAUUGCCAAGUAUCACGAGGAGCACAACGGUGGCAGACGUGAUAUCUGCCUGAUUCCCACCUCUGCUCACGGUACCAACCCUGCUUCUGCUGCCAUGGCUGGUCUGCGUGUCGUUCCCAUCAAGUGUGACACUGCCACUGGUAACCUUGAUAUUGCUGAUCUUCAGGCCAAGGCCAAGAAGCACGAGAAGGAGCUUGCUGCCAUCAUGAUCACCUAUCCUUCUACCUAUGGUGUCUUCGAACCCGAAGUCCGCAAGGCUUGCGAUAUUGUUCACGAGCACGGUGGUCUCGUCUACAUGGACGGUGCCAACAUGAACGCCCAGAUCGGCCUUACAUCUCCCGGCGCGCUCGGUGCCGAUGUCUGCCAUCUCAAUCUCCACAAGACUUUCUGCAUUCCCCACGGCGGCGGUGGCCCUGGUAUCGGCCCCAUCUGCGUCAAGGACAUCCUUGAGCCCUACCUGCCUCACCAGAACAACCAGACUCCCGUGUCCAGCGCCAGCUUCGGUAGUGCCAGCAUUGUGCCUAUCAGCUGGGCUUACAUCUCCACCAUGGGUGAUGCUGGCCUUCGCAAAGCUACUUCACUGGCUCUUCUCAACGCCAACUACAUUCUUACCCGCCUCAAGGAGCACUAUCCCAUUCUCUACACUAACGAGAACGGUCGCUGCGCUCACGAGUUCAUUAUCGAUGCUCGUGGCUUUUCCAAGACUGCUGGUGUCGAGGCUAUCGACAUCGCCAAGCGUCUUCAGGACUACGGCUUCCACGCUCCUACCAUGAGCUGGCCUGUACCCAACACUCUUAUGAUUGAGCCCACCGAGUCUGAGAGCAAAGAGGAGCUGGAUCGCUUUAUCAAUGCUCUCAUCAGCAUCCGCAAUGAGAUUCGCGAGGUUGAGGAAGGCAAGCAGCCCCGCGAGGGCAACGUCCUCAAGAACGCUCCUCACACCCAGAUCGACCUGCUUCUCGGCGACAACGGCAAGUGGGAGCGCCCCUACAGCCGUGAGAAGGCUGCCUACCCCCUGCCUUAUCUCACCGAGAAGAAGUUCUGGCCCACCGUUACCCGUGUGGACGACAAGUACGGUGACACCAACCUGUUCUGUACCUGCCCUCCUGUCGAGGACACUACUGGCACCAACUAA